CAACUGGGAUCAGUGCUCCAUGGGCCGCUUAGAUGGGAAAGUGAUUGUGUUGUCAGCCGCUGCACAGGGGAUUGGACGUGCUGCUGCAAUAGCCUUUGCAAAGGAGGGGGCUCAAGUCACUGCAACUGAUAUAAAUGAGGAAAAGCUCAAGGAACUGGAUGGUAUUCAAGGGAUUAGGACCAAGGUGGUGGAUGUGACCAAGAAGGACCAAGUGGAGGCCUUGGCCAAAGAACAUGACCACAUAGAUGUCCUCUUCAAUGUUGCAGGGUUUGUGCACCACGGCUCCAUCUUGGAUUGUGAAGAGGCCAACUGGGAUUUUACCAUGGAUGUGAAUGUCCGGAGCAUGUACCUUAUGUGCAGAGCUUUCUUGCCAAAGAUGUUGGCAAGAAAGUCUGGAAACAUCAUAAACAUGGCUUCCGUUGCAUCAAGCAUAAAAGGUGUGGUGAACCGGUGUGCGUACAGCACGUCCAAGGCGGCCGUGAUUGGCCUCACCAAAUCCAUAGCCGCCGAUUUCAUUGAGCAAGGCAUUCGCUGCAAUUGUGUUUGUCCUGGUACUGUUGACACUCCAUCACUGAGGGGUAGAAUCCAAGCUCAACCUGACCCAGAAAAGGCUUACAAGGAUUUCAUGGCAAGGCAGAAAACGGGCAGGAUGUGCACAGCUGAAGAGGUGGCGUACCUGUGUGUCUACCUGGCCUCAGAUGAGUCGGCUUAUGUGACUGGCACAGAGCAAAUCAUCGAUGGAGGUUGGAGGCUUUGAAGAGCAUGAAGCAAGCUUGUCCCAUCAAUCAUAGGUGCCACUUUAAGAUUGGCCGAUUCACUAUGUUAACACUUUUUAAUUAUAUUGAGCAAGUCCCAAGUUGUGGCACAGGUGAUGCAAUGUGAUUUUGGUGGAUUUAAUUGCCUGUGCCUCUCUUGCAUUGUAUUUAAAAAGGAUGACGGGAGCCGCUUCAAUUCACCUGUGUUCACUCCCACAAUGGCGCAAACUCUCGUUUCUACCUUUGCUCGUCCAUAAAAAUAUCUAAAGAAAGAAAACUCCACCCAUGCAAUGAGAACGUGCUUUGAGCUACACUUGUUCUGGAUACGAAAAUCGAGACCAAUGUGAACAAAUUUGAUUGUGUCCAAAUGAUU